AUGAGUCCAAAAGCCGACAUGACGAAGAGAAAAUUAGUUGUUGUAGGCGAUGGAGCUUGUGGCAAAACCUGUCUUCUUAUCGUUUUCAGCAGGGAUGAGUUUCCCCGAGCAUACAUUCCAACUGUAUUUGACACGUAUAUUUCGCAGAUGGAAGUCGGCGGCAGAGAAGUUCAACUUACACUUUGGGACACGGCCGGGCAAGAGGAAUUUGACCGUCUUCGGCCGCUGAGCUAUCCUGACACUGAUGUUAUUCUGAUCUGUUUCUCCGUCGAUUCCCGCGACUCACUAGAAAACGUAUCAAGAAUAUGGGUGCCUGAAAUAAUGCAUUUCUGCCCCAACAUCCCCUUCAUUCUUGUGGCGAAUAAAUCCGACCUGCGCGACGAAGACAAGGACCAUAUAACGUACGAGGAAGGGCUAAGUGUUGCCAACCAAAUCAAGGCGCAAGGAUAUCUUGAAUGCUCAGCCAAAACAAAAACUGGAGUGAGGGAAGUCUUCGAAGUCGCUGCAAAAGCGGCUUUACAGAAAAAGCAAUCGAAAAAGCCCAAUUGGUGUGGCUGCAACCUAAUCUAA